ACAUUUCACAUCAAAAUGUCUGGAAAGGAUAGAUUGGCUAUUUUCCCCUCUCGGGGGGCCCAGACUAUGAUGAAAGCCCGUCUGACAGGUGCAGAAGGACACAGUUUAUUAAAGAAGAAAGCUGAUGCUCUUCAGAUGAGAUUCCGUAUGAUUUUGAAUAAGAUUGUUGAAACCAAGACUCUGAUGGGUGAAGUGAUGAAAGAGGCUGCCUUCUCCCUUGCGGAGGCAAAGUUCACCACUGGCGAUUUCAACCAAGUGGUUCUUCAAAAUGUUCAGAAAGCACAGAUCAAGAUUCGCUCUAAGAAAGAUAAUGUUGCCGGUGUCACCUUGCCAGUGUUUGAAUGCUAUCAGGAUGGCACAGAUUGUUACGAGUUGGCUGGUCUUGCCCGUGGUGGACAACAGCUUGCUAAACUCAAGAAGAAUUAUCAAGCUGCUGUAAAAUUGUUGGUUGAGUUGGCUUCACUUCAGACAUCCUUUGUUACUCUUGAUGAGGUCAUCAAAAUUACUAAUCGCCGUGUUAAUGCUAUUGAGCAUGUGAUUAUUCCCCGCAUUGAGCGCACUUUGCAGUAUAUUAUUUCUGAAUUGGAUGAGCUUGAACGUGAAGAAUUUUACAGGUUGAAGAAAAUUCAGGACAAGAAACGUAUUGCUCGUAAAAAGGUUGAAGCAAAACUUGCAGAAAUGAAGGCUAAAGGAGUUGACAUCCAUGGUUCCAACAUGUUAGAUGAAGGGGAUGAAGAUUUGCUCUUCUGAUUAAAUAUAUUUUUGCAUCUAAUCAGUAUUGGUUUUCACAAAUUGGGUACUUGCCACUACCCUGUUCAUCAUGUUGCAGUGAAUGUUCUGUAGGUGUUUUGUUCUGCAUAAGAAAUUUAUAAAGAGAUUCAAAAUGAAUUUGUUAUAUGUGAUGAAAUUGAAUGUGCUUGAGAAUGUCCACGGACAAAUUUCUUUCUCCUUUAUUUGUUAGGAGAAUUUUUAGGAUUGUUCCUGGGUUUCUCACAAAUGAUUAUUACCAUAAUGUAGGUUGUGCCUAAUGUAAAAUAAAUUUUACCUGUAAAUACAUUGGUUGAAAUGAGGAUACUUAAUGGCAGAACUUAAUUUGUACUUUAACAUCUUAUUAUUUGAAAUUGUGGAUACACUAUCACAUUGUUUGUAAAUACUGAAAUCAGAUCAUUUUAAAAGAUUAUACGGGUUUUAAAUUUUAGAUAAACCAUGUCUGAAAUUUGAAGCCGCAUCCAUGUAAAUAAGCUUCCCUGCUUUACACCCAGUUAAGUAGUGGCUUCUAAUGUUUAUUUGGAGCUAAUCAGGCUAGUGUGUGGUCUGAGACUUUGUCCUUUAGCUCCAACCAGAAAGAUCCUGACAUUCCAUUUUGUAUACCAUUCUAUUUUAUGUAGGAAUUUGAGUGUUCAUUCAUUGGGACAGGCCUUAUUGUAAACAGCAAGACUGCACUCAUGUCUUAAACCAUAAUCUUCUUUGUAAGAAUAGGCUCCACUCAUCACUAGAAACCAAAUUUUUUUUUCAACAUAUCUUAUCAGCCACUCUUGUUACUACUGAAUUUAAAAAAUAAAAUAAAAAAAAAUCUUCUGUAUAUUUUGUUUUGGGGCCUGGCUGAGUCUAAAUUUGGAAUGGAAACUUUUGUGUCAGUUUGUGGAAUGUGUCUUCUUUGACUUUAUAAAGCUUUUAUUGUAGAUACUGAUGUUUGUUGAUAUUUUAGUUUAUGAUGUUAUUAGUGACCUUAAUGAGAACAAACACAGCUUUCAAAGGGAAAACUACAAUUGAAUGCUGCAUUGCUCAUCUCUUAUUUCAGGAAAGCUUGUUGCACAAUAAUUGUAUCUUUCCUAAACUUUGUGUGAGGAAAUGACAAUACUCUAUCUGGCAAGGAAAAAGAGGUCACCCCAACUAUAUUCAAUGCAAUAAAAUUACUCCAUGUCUAUAAUCGUUAUUGUUUUUAAUGUGAUUAUUUUAUUGUUUAGGCAAACAACUGAAAUACAUGUUCAAAAAUUGAGUGUA